AUGCCUUCGGAAGCCACCAACAAUCAAGUUUUGGACAAUUUAGCCCCCGUUUUUGCUGGGGGUCUUGCUGGUCUGUGUUCUACCUGUAUCACCAACCCUUUAGACACAAUUCGUGUACGACUGUCAUCCGGCAGUUCUGCCACCGGGAAAUCCCAUAAAAGCCUCAUCCGGACCACCCGAGAGCUCUUUGAAGAAGGCAUCCUACAUGCGUUCAGUCGUGGGUUAGGUGCGAAUAUCAUGGCAUCUAUGCCAUCCAAUGCCAUUUACCUCCCAACCUAUCACUUUUUGAAGCGCAAAAUGGAGGCGUAUGGCGUGAACACCGAAAUCCGACCGAUGAUCUGCGCCUGCGGGUCGGUGAUGGUCACCAACUACACGCUGGCCCCGCUUUUUGUAGUUCGCACCCGCGUCCAGGUGGACACCAAAAUUUCCAUCCGCGCGGUCUUUUUAGACGUCCUGCGCCGGGAUGGCCCGAGGGGGUUCUACCGCGGCACCGUCACCAACGUUUUGGGUCGUUUUGUCGAGGAAAGCGUCUUCUGGACCGUCUACGAGCUGUUGAAGCGCAUCACAAACGAGGGAACGUUUACCGAGCGAAACUUUGUCUGGGCCUCCGCCGCGAUGCUGUCCUUAACGGUAGUGGGCAAGCUGGCGGCGACCUGCGUCGCCUAUCCCUAUAAUGUCAUGAUGAAUCACAUGCGCACAGUUAACAAACUCACCGGCAAACACGACUACGUCCAUGUCGGUCCCACCAUCCGACAUAUCUAUCGUAGCGAUGGCAUUUUGGGGUUCUACAAGGGCCUCUCUCCACAGAUUAUGCGUAACCUUAUUAGUAAGGCAGCACAGAUAUAUUCUUUUGAGCUACUGAUGUUCACCUACGCUCGAAUGCGCGCGCAGCGUCAAUCCCCUAUUAUGGCCGACCCAAUUCAUAUAGAGUCGACUAUUCUGGUGAAAGACUAA